AUGGAGGCACACACGGAGGAAGACUUGGCCCCCCAACCGGGGGACCAAAGGACCCUAAUUGACAACCCAGCUGACAUUCUCGUCAUUGCUGCUUACUUCCUGCUGGUCAUUGGUGUCGGCUUGUGGGUGAGAGGUCAUGGGGUGCUCCUGACGGCCAGGCCUCUGAAGCCCAUGGGGGAGGUGGGGGCCUCUCUGUUUGCCAGCAACAUUGGCAGCGGUCAUUUUGUGGGCCUCGCCGGGACAGGUGCGGCAAGUGGCUUGGCUGUGGCUGGAUUUGAGUGGAAUGCGCUCUUCGUGGUGCUGCUUCUGGGCUGGCUCUUCGUGCCCGUGUACCUGACCGCGGGUGUCAUCACCAUGCCGCAGUACCUGCGCAAGCGCUUCGGCGGCCGCCGUAUCCGCCUCUACCUGUCGGUGCUCUCGCUUUUCCUGUACAUCUUCACCAAGAUCUCGGUGGACAUGUUCUCCGGAGCGGUGUUCAUCCAGCAGGCCCUGGGCUGGAAUAUCUACGCCUCCGUCAUCGCGCUCUUGGGCAUUACCAUGAUCUACACGGUGACAGGAGGCCUGGCGGCGCUGAUGUACACAGACACGGUGCAGACCUUCGUCAUUCUAGGGGGUGCUUUGAUCCUCAUGGGCUAUGCCUUCCAUGAAGUGGGAGGGUACUCGGGGCUCUUCGACAAAUACUUGGGGGCAGUGACGUCGCUGACAGUGUCCGAGGACCCUACGGUGGGCAACAUCUCCAGCGCCUGCUACCGCCCCCGGCCGGACUCCUACCACUUGCUUCGGGACCCUGUGACAGGGGACCUGCCGUGGCCCGCGCUGGUCGUGGGCCUUACCAUCGUCUCGGGCUGGUACUGGUGCAGUGACCAGGUCAUAGUACAGCGCUGCCUGGCGGGGAAGAAUCUGACCCACAUCAAGGCGGGCUGCAUCCUGUGCGGCUAUCUGAAGCUGAUGCCCAUGUUUCUCAUGGUCCUGCCCGGCAUGAUCAGCCGCAUCUUGUACCCUGAUGAAGUGGCGUGCGUGGUGCCGGAGGUGUGUAAGCGCGUGUGUGGCACGGAGGUGGGCUGCUCCAACAUCGCCUACCCGCGGCUGGUUGUGAAGCUCAUGCCCAAUGGUCUGCGCGGCCUCAUGCUGGCGGUCAUGCUGGCCGCGCUCAUGUCCUCGCUGGCCUCCAUCUUCAACAGCAGCAGCACGCUUUUCACCAUGGACAUCUACACGCGCCUGCGGCCGGGCGCCGGUGAACGCGAGCUGCUGCUCGUAGGACGGCUCUGGGUGGUGUUCAUCGUGGCCGUGUCGGUGGCCUGGCUCCCCGUGGUGCAGGCGGCGCAGGGCGGGCAGCUCUUCGAUUACAUCCAGGCCGUGUCCAGCUACCUGGCACCGCCCGUCUCUGCCAUCUUCGUGCUGGCGCUCUUCGUGCCCCGCGUCAAUGAGAAGGGUGCCUUCUGGGGACUGAUCGGAGGCCUGCUGAUGGGCCUGGCGCGGCUCAUCCCCGAGUUCUCGUUCGGCUCGGGCAGCUGCGUGCGGCCCUCGCCGUGCCCGGCGCUCAUCUGCGGCGUACACUACCUCUACUUCGCCAUCGUGCUAUUCUGCUGCUCGGCCCUCCUCACCCUAGGGGUCUCCCUGUGCACGGCGCCCAUCCCGCGCAAACACCUCCACCGCCUGGUCUUCAGUCUCCGGCACAGCACGGAGGAGCGAGAGGACCUGGAUGCGGAUGAGGAGCCUGAAGUCCCUGCCUCCCCGCCUGUACAGAAUGGGCGCCCGGAGCAUGCAGUGGAGAUGGAGGGUAGGGCUCUGCUGAGGGGGGCGAUGGGGGGGGGGGCAGGAGAGACCCGCUCUCUCACUGACUGCAAGGCCUCCAUUUCUCCAGAGCCCCCGGCCCCGGCCCCAAGUCUCUUUCGACGGUGCCUGUUUUGGUUCUGUGGCAUGAGUGGGGGUGGGGCAGGUAGCCCCCCACCCCCUACCCAGGAAGAGGCUGCUGCAGCGGCCAGGCAACUGGAGGACAUCAGUGAGGACCCACGCUGGGCCCGCGUGGUCAACCUCAACGCCCUGCUCAUGAUGGCGGUGGCCAUGUUCCUGUGGGGCUUUUACGCCUGAGGCCACAACGUGGGACAAAGAGAGCCAUGAGUGGGUGGGGGCUCAGCCUCCCGAGGAGUGGGGUCAGGGCCGCACAGAAGAGGGUGAGGGCAGGAGCAGGGGAAGGCCCUGGGUGCCCUUUCCUCAGCCUUGUAUCUGUCCGGGGCCCAGUCCAGCUGACUGGCAGUCACUUGGCCAGCCAUAGUCGUUGCCCUACAAAAGCCAAUAAAGCUGCCGCUUCAUCCAUG